AUGUCUUUGAAUGUGUACAGAAAAGUAGCAGACGAUCUCAAGGCCGGCCAAAAUGUACAGGCUGAGGCUUUCCAAGAUGUCACCAUUUAUUUCUCAGACAUUGUUGGGUUCACAACACUAGCAGGGGAAAGUACUCCUAUGGAGGUACAAUUCUUUUUACUGAAGUGAAUAUAUUAUUUUUGACAGCGGGGAAUUAUGUUACUUAAAAAUGUUUUAAUAUAUUAUUUUUUAUAAAGGAAAUACAUUAUUUGAGUUUAAUGUAACCCAUUUAAAUGUAAAAAUUGACCAUUUAAAAAAUUUAUUAUUGAUGAGUAAUGAAAUUCUAACCAGUUUAAGUACAUGGACAUAAGACUAAGUUCAUGUAAAUAUUCAAAGUUUACAUAAGUUGCAUGUGGAGAAAAAAAAUUAUUAUUCUUAUCAAACACUUAAAUAAUACUUUUUUUAUAUUUUUUCACAAAAAUAGUCAAAAUAAUUUGGUUUGGUAGUAAUAUCCUUAUUUCCUGGGAUUUCAGAUUGUGGAAAUGUUGAAUCUGUUGUACAGUCAAUUUGAUAAUAUUAUCCAAAAUUUCAAUGUAUACAAGGUAAAUUUAAUAUCUCAUCAUUAUAAUUAUAUUAUCAAUAUUAAAUAACAGUUUAAAAGUUUUAAAAAAUGUGUUUAUUUUUCACACCUCUGUAAGUGCAUGAAUUAUUUAAUUAAAGGUUAUGCAUUUUCAAAAUAUUGUCACUAUAAUGUAGAUUACAACUUACUAACAAUACUAAACUAAAAACACAAUGCCCACUGGUAGAUUAAUUUUUAUGUGCAAAUCUCAGGUUGAAACCAUUGGUGAUGCCUACAUGACAGUUUGUGGUGUCCCUGAACCUAAUCCUGACCAUGCACCUGUCAUGGCCGACAUGUCAUUAGCUCUGCUAGACUCUGUAAUUCAUUUUGUCAUACCACAUCGGCCACAUAAUCAGCUACGGAUAAGGAUUGGUGAGAUGAUUUUUUUCAAGAAAUUAGGCUUUCCUAUAUAAUCAUGAAAUUGGAUGCAACGUAAUAAAGCUCACAAAAAAGGUUAAAAUUUAAUGGAUUUAAAAGAUAUUAUUUUAUUCUGCAGGUUUGAACUCUGGUCCGGUUGUAGCUGGUGUUGUAGGCAAUACGAUGCCUCGCUACUGCUUGUUU